GGCAGGUGUGGGAACAGAGCCAGGCCUGAGCCUCAGGGAGGUCUGGUGCAGACCCUCGUCGGCCCCUUCCUAGCACGGACUCUUGGAGCAAGGUGCUGUCCUCUCUGGGCUAUAGGUCCCUCCUCUGUGCAGUGAGGAUGAAACCACCCCCAGUGAUAUGUCUCAGAACAACAUGGGGCCAUGCAUGGACCUUCUAGGUUCUUGGUAACUGAGAGGUGCUUGACCUACACUUGGGCUGCCUGAACAAGAAAACAGAAAAGCCAAGGGACCUAGAGCAGAUAAGAUUCUGUUUUCAGAAAAAAGCACUGGAUUCCCCCCCUGCUGCCCACACUUUGUCUCCAUCACAUUUCUGGCCCUGGCUCCUUUCCCUUCUCUUCCUUCCCUUUGGCUCAUGUCAUCCUGUGCCUGUGUCUCCAACACUGGAAAAAGCUGUGCUCUGCCCACAACCAUGUUCUUCUAGAGUGUAGGGCUGCAGCACUCGCCAGGAAGGAAGCAUGGGCCUGGUGGGGAAAGGCACUGAGCUGGGCAUGGGAUCCGCAGCCCGAGAGUCUCUACCUCGCCUUCUGGACCCCUGGGCCCGCAGAUAGAGCAGGACUUUCUGUGGGCUCUGCCCUGAGCCAGAGCCAGGCUUUCCACUGCGCUGUGAGACAUCUGGUACAGUCGAGUCUGGCAGUCCAAUCCUUUGCUCAUCUGAAAGACUGACGCUUGUCCAAUGAGGGAGCUGGAGUUACCUUUCAGGGCAAAGGUUAUACACCUGGUCAUAGUGACGGUUUGGUGGGAAGGGCCGGAGCAGGGCGCAGUGCUGUCGUCUGUAAUGUGGGUCCUGGCUAAGAUCCCUUCUCCCUCCAGGGCUGGGCUGCUAGCCCUGCAGGCACCCGUGAUGGUGGGUGCUCGGGUUGGGGUGCCUCCCCUCUGGGGAGGAGGUGUGGGGAGCAGUGCUGUGGUUCCAGCAGCCUGCAGAGAGUCACUCUGGGUGCCUUUACCGAUCAGGCCACUGUGUAUUUCUUCUGCAGACCCACGUACUAACAGCCUGAUUAUUGCUGUGAACACUGCACCACCAAAAUCAUCAUCAAUACCAAUGAUUAAGUCCCAAGUUCAGAAGGCUCAGAAAAUGAGGGGCAUAGUUUACUUCGUGGGUUUCAACAAAUAUGACAGAGAUAAGCUGGCUGACAUUACAGGAAAACAGUCCCAUGUGUAUGGAACAGAGAAGGUCAAGGAAAUGGAAGUCCUUUAUAAAUCGCUCGUGGCAAAUUCCUGUGAGAAAGCUAUGGCAAGGGGCAUUUACUUUAUGUGUUUAUAUGAAUACUAUGAUGUGGAAUUUUUGAGACCUGUCCCAGAUCCAAGUAACAAGGAGAAAUUUGUCUGCCAAUAUUUUGUGGGCGGCAAGAGGUUCCCCAAUAGAAAAGCGCUUGAAGUAACGGAAAGAAGUAUAAUGUGCCCUGGACAUAUAAUUGAGACCGACAAACAGAAGGUCAUCGUGAGAUAUAGCAUGGACGGUGGCAACAGCUUCCUCGGCAAAAUGGUUUUCCAAGGCAACGACUGUGUGAGUGCCAAAGUAGGGCUGCAGCCUCCCUCCUGGGCUGACCAGAACCACUUCAUGGAAGGAGCAGACACCAGGGGAGGCAGAAGAGGGGAAGAAUGUCCCAAGCAGUCCAAGCAAGUGGCUCAUGCAGACAAGCAGCUGGGCAGCUUCUCAUAGCCAGCUUGGGGCCCUCAGCCCUUCAUCAGCAAGCUGUCCCCACACUCAGGCUUCUGAGGUGCCCUGGGAGUGCUUCCAGAAGAUCCCCUAUGGUGCAGCCACCUGUCCAGGCCCUGCAGAAGCUCUGCUCUCUGUGUGAACCAAGUGUCAUUGGAAGCACAUGAAAGGGGACAGUUAAGCUCUGAGGAGACUCCAGAAAUAGUGCUGAGCCUCUGACACCUGCCUCUCCCCUUGCCACCUCUCCUGGCCCAGGUCUAGUGGUGGGGAACUCAGGGCUCCACCCUGCAUUCCAGCUAGGCAACUGGGAGAAGCUGGGGGGCUGUGUGCUAGGAGACAGAAUCCAGGACCUCUGGGACACUGGAACACUGCAAAUCCAGGUCCCAGACACAGGGCAUCUGGAGGGUGGGACCAGGUGUGUUUCCACUGUAUGGAUGCAGUUGCUGGUAUGGCUGAACCCACACACGCCCAUCACUGGCCCUGAGACCCAGCCCACAUGAAGAACACCCGCUGUCAUUUUGCAGAGAACAUCAGCCUCCCCUCUGCCUCUGCUGCUUUCUCACGCUCCUCAGCUGCCCUCUCUGCUAACUUUUUCUGACCUCUGAAGGACGGUGCUCUCCUGCAGUGGGUGGGGAAGCGGGCAGGGCUGUGGGGAGAACCUGGGGCUCAACUCAGGGACAGGCAACUCAAUGACAGGUGGGAAAGAAGGUUCUGCUCCCAGGUGCCCCUUCCUCAGAGCUCUGUGUCACCUGGACACCUGGCACAGGGCAGCAUGACAUGGGCGACAGCGUCAGGAUGUGGAAGACAGCUGCCUGGGAGGAGGGCCAACUGUGCCUAAUUGCCACCACCCUAUUGUCCAGUCCCAGCCUGGGAGGGUUCCAACAGUGCUGACAGUCCUCCGACUGUGUCUUUGCUUGUGCCCGGACAUACACUCCUGGAUCAGCAGACUGAACUCACCCAUUUGCCCACCAGGAGUCCCACCAACUGACAGCCCGGCCUCAGCAGACACAUGUCAGAAAGACCUCAGGAGGAGCCACACCACCAUGGGCCCUACCCUGCCUCCCCCUUCAGCUGCUUUGUUUCCUGGACACAGACCCUCACCCCUCUCCUUCUCCUGCCUCUGGGAAAGCAGACCACUUGGCUUAGGGCAGGGCUGUGCAGCAUGUCAGCCGAGGCAUGCAGUGAGGACUGGCUUUGUGCCACCACGGGGAUUCCACUCCCUUGUCAGGGCUCUAGGACAGAGCCUGUGAGCAGGGCUAGUGUGUGCUCUGUGGCCCGGGGUUCCACAGUGGCUCUCUGGUUACUGUCCCUGUCCUCCAGCCCCUCAGUGCUCCCUGGAGGUGGGAAUAUUAAGGCCUAUAGGACCAGGAGUAUGGGAAGGUCUGGUGUGGGUACGAGGGUGUACCCCCAGUAAGAGGUCACUCAUGCCCACCCCAGUCACUGACAUGUC